AUGGCCACCCAACUACUUCGUAAAAUUACUUUAUUGCAAUCUAAAAAAGAAGCAUUAUUUCAAAGAACGCAAGAAACUUACGAUCUCAGCUUAAAGGUUUCCGAUCAUAUCUCGCAAACUAAAUUCUUAUCGCGUAUAAAAUCAUUAGAACAUACUAGAACCGAAUUUCUAGAAACAGUAGAUGAUUUGAAUUUAUUGUUUAUGGAACAGGACAAAGAGGUCAAGCCUACCUACUCGGAAAUAAACUCAUUUGAUGAUUUGUAUUGUCAUAUUAAAAUGGUUGAGAACUCUCUUCUGCGGCCCGACUGCGUGCAGAAACCAAAAAUUACGCCAAAAUUGCCACCACUGCAAUUAGCCUGCUUCGAUGGUAUCCCUAACAAUUGGGCAAUGUUUUAUCAGAACUUUAAAAGUCUCAUUCAUGAUAAUCCUCGACUCACCGCAGCCGAAAAGGUUCAAUACCUCGUAGGUAACCUCUCAAACAAAGCCUUAUCAGUUUGUUCUAGCAUUCCACCUAUUGGUGAGAAUUUAGAUUAG